AUGAGUACCUCAUCCUUACCAUCUUCCUCUCCGUCUCCUCUUCCAUUUGCGCCAGCUCCCACGCGUGUCAAAUUCCACCUAGAAGACACCCUUUUUUCGCCAGUGCCAUCACCCCUCUCCUCAGCGUACAACAGUGACUCAGAACCUGCCAACGACACUGUUACGUACUCAGAUACUAGUCUCAAUGUAGAAGAAAAGUACACCAUAGCAUCUGGGCUCGCAGCUCGGGUCGAUAGCUUAGAAGAUGCUCCUGGUACUCUCCCUGACGAAUACUACGACGCUGCGAUGGCACCAUGGCGUUCUGCUAUACGAAGGCGGCUGGUGAAGAACUUGAAACAUGAAUCAGAGUGGAUCGGUCGUAUGCAGCGGAAAAUUCGGCGACCUUUUCUCGACACCUAUUUCGUUUAUACCUCGUCCCUCGGAACUCACACAUUCUUUAUGAUCGUAUUGCCUACCUUCUUUUUCUUCGGGUAUCCAAUGGUCGGAUUUGGCCUACUAUACGUCUUAGCUGCUGGGGUAUACUUUUCGUCCCUUAUCAAAGACUUGAUCUGCUCGCCUCGCCCAUUUGAGCCUACCGUUACCCGUCUUACAAUGUUCGGCGGGACAGCUGUAGGCACUCAUCACCUUGAAUAUGGCUUCCCUUCUACUCAUUCCACUAACUCGGUUUCAAUCGCACUCUAUUUCCAUACUCUUUCCCACACCGCCCUAGUGAAUGGAGUAAUAUCUCCACUGAUGUACCACAUAAUCCAAGUCUUAUUGGUGGUCUAUGCUUUCAGCAUUGUCUUUGGUCGGUUGUAUUGCGCGAUGCAUAGCUUCACAGAUUGCAUCGCCGGCAUUGCAGUUGGCACCGCCAUCUGGGCAGCACAGUUGCAAUGGGGAGGCACCUUCGAUACCUGGGUCACUACGAGUGGCUGGAGUGUCCCUGUCAUAAUCCUCGUAACUGGCCUGUUCCUAGUGCAUCGUCAUGCUGAGCCUGUUGAUGACUGCCCUUGCUUCGAGGACGCUAUUGCAUUUGUGUCGGUUGUAAUGGGUGCCGUGAUUGCCCAUUGGCAUUUUUCACAGUUGAUUCUUGCCCCAGCCCAACUUUCCACUUGGUCAGAUUACUUUAUCUCUCGGACUCCAGGAUCAAACUUCACAACACCCUAUGAUGUUGGGACCUUUGCAUUCUACACGAUGCUCAAGAUGGUUGUUGGCAUUACAGCAAUCUUCUUGUGGCGCAUCGUGGCCAAGCGAGUAUUGCUCACCAUUCUUCCACCUAUCUAUCGCAAGUUUUCGAGCGAAGUCGGCCCCCUCCCCACUCGCCGUUGGUAUACCCCAGCCACUGAUUAUGCCGAGGUUCCUGCGGACGUCGCUCAUCUAAGGUCCGUCCCUAGUGUUAUCGAUCUCCCCAGUAGGGCCAGUGUAGUCACGUCGGGAGUUUUGCCGCGCGCACACAUCUAUCGCAAAUUUGAGGCCGAAUCCAAGUUGCGAAAUGGCAAGAGUAUUCCAGGGAACACAGGGAUGCAGAUGGUAGAAUGCGAGAUCGCACCUACCAACGGAGUUGUGCGAGAAGAGAAAGUCAAACAUUAUGACGCAGAUGUUUUAACCAAGGUUGGAGUUUACAUGGGUAUUGGUGGUAUUGUAGUCGGUGUCAUACCUGUUUUGUUUGAGACACUGGGCUGGGGUGUGAUGAAUGGCGUUCAAACUAGUGGUUUGUAA